CAGAGGGGCAGCAGAGUCGGCUCGGCUGCGCGGAGCCGGGGCGGCCACGGGGAGGAACAGUCGCGGGGAGGGGCGCAGCAGUGGCUGGGAGGCUGCAGACGCCAGGGCCCGCUAGUGGUGCACCCGAAGCCAAACAGAGAAGAGCCUAGCAGAGCAGGACUCAGCCCGAGCCACCCUUUGUUUGGGUUGGGGGCCCGUGUCGGGGAGGACUGGGGAUUCGAAGGGAGGGACGGGGACGGAGGGGCCCGGAGCUGCGACCGCCGUGGCAGAGCCAAUUUGGGAGCGGGGGUCCAGCUGAGCCCGGGAGCUGCACGGAAUGGUGGCAGUCACCUCGCCAGUGCAGCGGGCAUGGACCAGACUACAAGCUAGGAGAGCGGGACAUCAGUCGGAAAGAGAGAACACUCAGCUGGGCUUAAGGCCUCUUCAUCGGGAUGUCCCCAGACCCCCCAGCCCAGGCCCAGCAUAAAGGCUGUGAGGGGGGGCCCCCCUGACACAAGGGGGGACUCCAUGCGCCACGUGCAGGCGGAGCCAUCUCCAUCCUCAGAGCCAGAGGCUGGCCCUUCGCAGCCUGCAGUCAGGCAGGGGGCCCUCCAGGGUGGCCUGCUCAUGGGCUACAGCCCAGCAGGAGGGGCGACAUCCCCCAGGGUCUACCAGGUAUCCAUCUUUUCCUCUCCAGCUGGCGCCUCUGAGCCUCACAGGGCCCUGAAACGGUCAUCCCCGCUCACUGAGGGUCCCCGGGAGCUGAAGAGAGGCCCUGGGCUGGGGGUCAGAGAGGGACAACCCCCUGAAGAACCAUCCGCUGUGGGGCUGUGGGGCCCAGAGGGGCUGGGGCUGGGGCUGGGCGUGGCCAGCCAGCAUUUCUGCCAUCACGGCCUGUGUGUUGUAGAACAGGGAGGUAGCUCCACCUCACCUUGGACUUCAGGGGCCCAGAGUCUCCCCUGGCCCCCAUCAAAUGCUUCCUGCAAUACUUUGCACACCAGAGACUGGGCUUCCCCAGAUCCAGGGGGACAGGGGUCCCUGGGGGCGUCCCCAGGGCGAGCCCCUCCAGGCCAGCUGCACACACUUGACACUGAUUUGCACAGUCUUGCACAAAUAGGGUGUAAGAGCCCAGUGGCUGGGGUGGGCAAUGGGGGCAGCCCCUGGCCUAGGGAAUGCCCUGGCACUGCCAAUGGGCACAGUCCCGAGCACACACCCCCUGGCCCUGGACCUCCAGGCCCCUGCCCCACCAAGCGAAGGCUGCUUCCUGCUGGAGAAGCUCUGGAUGUCAGCUUUGAGGAUGAGGGGCCAGCCCCUCAGAAGCGCCGGGGAACCCUGGGUCACCCUCCUGCUGCCAACAGUUCUGAUGCCAAAGUCACACCCUUCUGGAGCCACCUGCUGCCUGGGCCCAAGGAGCCUGUGCUGGAUCCAACAGACUGCAGUCCUGUGGGACGGAGGCUGAAAGGUGCCCGUCGCCUGAAGCUGAGCUCCCUUCGAAGCCUCCAGAAGGGCCCAGACCUGCUGAGCCCCCCCAGUGCCUCCCCUGUUCCUACCCCCGCAAUCAGCCGUACCCUGUUGGGCAACUUUGAGGAAUCAUUGAUCCGAGGACGCUUUGCACCAUCUGGCCACAUUGAGGGUUUCACCGCGGAGAUCGGAGCCAGUGGAUCCUACUGCCCCCAGCACGUCACGCUGCCUGUCACUGUCACCUUCUUCGAUGUUUCCGAGCAAAAUGCCCCGGCCCCUUUCCUGGGCAUCGUGGACCUGAACCCACUGGGGAGGAAGGGUUACAGCGUGCCCAAAGUGGGCACCAUCCAAGUGACCUUAUUUAACCCCAACCAGACUGUGGUGAAGAUGUUCCUUGUGACCUUUGACUUCUCGGACAUGCCUGCUGCCCACAUGACCUUCUUGCGCCAUCGCCUCUUUUUGGUGCCUGUGGGUGAGGAGGGACAUGUGAGCCCCACCCACCGUCUCCUCUGCUACUUGCUGCACCUCAGGUUUCGGAGCUCCCGCUCAGGCCGCCUAAGCCUCCAUGGAGACAUCCGCCUGCUUUUCUCCCGCCGGAGCCUGGAACUGGACACAGGGCUCCCCUAUGAGCUGCAGGCUGUGACUGAGGCCCCUCACAACCCUCGUUAUUCACCUUUGCCCUGAUUGCCAGUGCCCUGAACCACGUGGGCCAAGGACCAGCCCAUCCUGCUCCAUCCUGGACAAAGCAAGCAUGUGGAGAGGUGGCAAGAGACCCUUCAGGCUUGAAUUAAAGCCCUCACCAUGCUUAUGCCCAAAUUGGUCAUUUGGGUAUUGAACGCUUCUGAUCCUUACCACAAUCUGCCCUACUCUGGGUUCUCCAUGUGCCUGCCCCCUCCCUUGGAAUUCCCAGACCAGCUAGGGAGUGAGAGGAGGAACUGGAGGUACCCUGAGGUUGUCCCAAGUUCCCAGGCAAAUCAUGCCAACAUUGCCUCCCUGCCCUAGGCAGGGGCCACUUAUUAUUUUAUUUAUUUUUAACUAAUAAUUUAUUCGGAUUGGAUUGCCUUGGUAACCUCCCAAACCUGAUAUUUGGCAUUGCUCCACCUUCUUUCCCACUCAGAUAUUGCUCCAGUUUCAGGAAUUGAAGAGGCUGCUGUUGGGGCUGAAGGAGAACUGCUCUCCCUCAGCUGAGAGCAGAAAGGUUAUCCCAGAAGGACUGAGUCAGAAGCCAAACACUCAACUUCUCCUGUCCUUCCCUAUAUUUUUCACUUCCUCUGGCCUCUGACCCCUCUCUGAAAGCAACUUAUGUGUGUAUGCGUGUGUGUGUGUGUGUGUGUGUGUGUGUGUGUACACAAGCUUGUGUGUAUGGUAUGUGUGUUAGAAAGAGAACAUGCAUGCAUGUGCACACACCUGGGGUUAACUACCCCUCAUCUAGGGCUCCAGACUCCAGUUGUCCCUCUCCUGCUUGUGUCUCCUUGCUUUGGGGUCCUGACUGAGGAAGGUGUUCAGGGGCCAGAGUCAGGGCCAAGGACCGGGAUGCCUCCUCUCACCUGGCCAGACUCUGACCCACCUACCUCAGCUGGGGUGAAGGGCACCCUUCAAACUCAACCAUGUGGUUCCCAACUACCCCAUAUCCCACUCCAGACUCUGACAGCCUUAGCCCUGACUCCUGGGGCUGGGCUGAGGGGAACAAGCAUUUGUUGAAACUUGAAAAACAAAACACCGGAAAAAUUGUACCUGGUACUUUUUUUUUUUUUUAGAG